AUGACGGCUAUCAGGCGGUUGCUCGUCGCUUUGACGGUGAGUGUACUGGUCACGGUGGCCGUGGCCCCUUCUCCGCUCGGCCUCCCCGAGUCUCUCCAUAGGCUCCUCCACGACUACCUGCCGGAAAAGUUCCAGCAUGGCGUCUUCCCUUCUGAUAAGGAGGCCGUCGAGGCUGUCCACGACGAUAGCGCCGCCCUUGCUACUUCGAUUGUCCAGAUCGCCAAGCGCCAAAACAACAACAACUCGACUGUAGAGGAGACUUCGGACGAGCCUACUCAGGAGCCGACCCCAGAUCCUACCACCAAGGAUCCCGAGCCCACAACUGAAUCAAAGGAGCCCACCAAGCCCCCGACUACCUCCAACCCUCCCCCGACCAGCAAGACCCCCGACCCCACGCCCUCGGAGCCUACUCCCACUCCUACUCCCACCGACAAUGAUCCUGAUUCUACCACCUCGAGGAGGACUACGAGCCGAAGCGCCACCGUGGACACCAAGACUUCCACCCUUCCCGGUGGAGGUGUCACUACCAUCACGUCAACUUCGUACUACGACCUGCCUCCCGAGGCCACCGGCGACAGCUCGGAUCCUGAGCUCCAGAAUGCCGCUCCCCGAAGCGCCGUUGCCCUCAUCCCCAUGAUCUUCGGUAUGCUCGCCGCCAUGGCUCUCUAA